AAACGGGAAGCACAGCCAGACACCUACGGAACUGCAAGUGCGUAAGGACGGAAAUGUGUAAAAAAGUGCAGUAACAUUGCCUAACUGCAAUUGAUAAUUUAAAAACAAAAAUUGUAGAAUUUCCUCGGAAAGUGUAAAUAGAUAUGAGAACCUAAUCGUAACAACCAGAUUACACGCGAGUUGUCAGUGCCUCAGCUCUAAAGGUUAACAAAAUUAUAAAAAUCCGUCUGAAUAAAACAAAUAAAUGAAAAUUGUGAUGAUAAUUCCAAAGUCCAGUUUUAAGAAAAUUCCAAAACAACAACAACAAUAAUAAUAAACACAGCUAUAGUAGAAACGGCUAAAUCAAUACAUUAGCAAAGAUUAAAAACCGAAAGAUCAGACAACUCUCAUACAAAUUAAGUGAAACAACAACAACAACAACACCAAUAAGCAAAGCUUAAACGCACAAAAGAGUAAACAAAAAGAAAAGAGAAGCAAAAAAAAGAAACAAAACAAAUCCUUUAAACUUCAUUCACGCCGCUACAACAGCUGGACAACGGGCGAAUAAUCGCCAGCCAACCAGCCCAAUAGUCGUCGGUCAAUGUACAAAGUGCCAGCCGUCGCCGCAGAAGAAGAAGGAGAGGAAAAAGUGGAGAAAAAACAUCACCAGUAGUGGAAGUGCAGAAAGGAAUCAUAAGAAGUUCCCAUCAUUUUCAAAGCGGCUUUUAAAACUAUUUUUUAUGUGAUUUUUGUUUUUAACUUCUUUUUUUUUUGUUUGGUGCGAUCACCUUUGCCUUGUCCUCCUCCAUCUGGUUGCCCACGGAUGAUGGUGUGUUUCCCUUUCGUUUGAGCCCUAGCGGGGAAAAACGUAAAACCCUAAGCAACUCCUUGGCCAAUCUCUUAACUCCUUUUCAUAUUAAAACCAAAAAAAAGCAAAACGAAAACCCAAACCAAAACAAAGUUCCGAUAAAAGAAAAAACCAACAACAACAACAACAAAAAAUAAAGCCAGCCACACAUUAAAACGUAUUUAAUAUUAACUUUCCAAAGAACGAAUCAGUACGCGUGAGUCUUUACAAGAAAAUUGACGCGUUUUUUCUGAAGGGGCUUCAUUGGCAGUGGCCCUGCUAAAACCAACGAGAUAAUAACGAAAAAUCUGCAAAUGUGAAAAAAAAUUUAAUUUGAUCUAAAAAAACCACUAAAUCAAUAGCUUAGCGCAAAAUGAUCAAUCGGAAUGAUAUAAUUAUCCAGUGAAUCAUCAUCGUUCAAUGUAUCGCGGAACAUGUGUCUAUCGGCAGCUGUGACUCAUUCAAAAUGUUGCUGAAACUAACAAGAAAUUAUUUCACAACAAUCUCAGUGAAAAACCGGGUUUAAAUUAUUCUCAUCGACUUGAUGUUCUAUUAUCAGACCACAAAGCAGUGAUACAUUUCAUUGUGAGCUCGUGUUAAUGUUAUCUCCUCGGGAUAUUGAAUUAUUUGAUUUGUUGUGACAAUUCACCAAUUGUCAUUAGCAUCGUCAUCAUCAUCAUCAUCAUUUGUCCAAAAUCAAUUUUGUGAAGCUGCACCGGUUUCAUAAAGGCAGCGUUGCGGAUAUGCGGUUAUUUAUGGUAUUUGCAAUUGUGAUAUUUGCAAUGCCAAUAACCGGAUUUGGUUGGGCUGAGGGCUCGAAUAUUUUACUUGAUCCAGAUUUAAUGUGCAAAAAGACACGUCGUCUACGUGGUAAAAUGGCUGAAAUUUGCCGACGCGAUUCUGCCCUCCUGAAGGAGAUCAUCAACGGCAUUAAUCUAGGCUUCCGAGAAUGUGAAUUUCAAUUUCGAAAUCGUCGCUGGAAUUGUUCAACGUUGCGCAAAAGCAUGAGAAAAAUCUUAAUGAGAGAUACUCGCGAAACAGGAUUCGUUAAUGCAAUAACAGCGGCCGGUGUCACAUAUGCCGUGACAAAAGCAUGCACCUUGGGUAACCUGGUGGAAUGUUCGUGUGAUAAGAGCCAUUCAAGGCGAAAUGGUGGUCAGCCACAAAUGGUCAAUGCUGUGACAGCAGUGGCCGCCUUGGAAAAACAACAGUCAGUCUUUGAGAGAAAUUCCACUAAGAAUCCGCUGAGAAAAGGCAACGGAAAUCGGCGGAGAAGACUUUUGAAAAACAUCAAAUUUCCCGAAGGUGAAUGGGAAUGGGGUGGAUGCAGUGAUAAUGUGAAUUUCGGUUUCCGGCAUUCAAGGGUGUUUUUGGAUUCAAAAUAUCGGCGGAGAAGUGACUUUCGUACUCUGGUCAAGCUGCACAAUAAUAUGGCAGGACGAUUGGCCAUACGCGAUUCCGUGCGACUGGAGUGCAAAUGUCACGGCCUAUCCGGCUCCUGCACGGUGAAAACAUGUUGGCUUAAAAUGCCCUCAUUCCGUGAGGUAGGCAAUCGUCUACGUGAAAAAUUCGAUGGUGCCUACAAGGUAGUGCUACGCAACGACGGCAAUAGCUUUAUGCCCGAAAGUGAGCACGUGAAACCUCCUUCCAAAUAUGAUCUGGUCUAUUCCGACGAUUCGUCAGAUUUCUGUGCACCCAAUGUACGCACUGGAUCGCUGGGUACACAAAAUCGUGAAUGUAAUGCCACUUCACUGGGACCUGAUAGCUGUGAUCUGUUGUGUUGCAAUCGAGGCCAUCGGCAUCAUGUCGUCUCCGAAUGGGUUAAUUGUAAAUGUGUUUUCAAGUGGUGUUGUGAGGUCACGUGUGAAAAGUGCCUGGAAACAAGGGAUAUUAAUACGUGUCUAUAGGAUUAGAGGAUACCACUUUUAACAUUCGCUCUCAUAUGCUCUCAAAACUUGUCCAUCCAUGACUUAAUAAACUUAACACAGUAAUUUAAUACGCCUACACCCACAAUACACCCACAAAUACACAUUAGUUUUUGUAGAGAAGAAGAAACGCAAAGCUUUCCAUUGCGUGUGAUAAUUGUAAUUACAAUUUUGAACUUAAUUUAUUAAUAAUAAAUGUAAUUUUUAAUUUUUAGCUUAAGAACAAAUUGCAGUUUUAGAAUUUAGAUUCGUAAAAACUUCAUAAAAUUCAUAAAAUUUAAAGGGUAGCAUAUCCAGAGAUUGGUUUCUGAAUUGCUCCAUAUUAAGGCCAUUUAUCAUUUAUGGUAAUACCGAUGUGUCGAAUAUACUAUUAAUUAAUUAAUGGCUGUCCUCUAUAUUCUCAAGAUUUUCUAAAGAAAUAAAAAUCGGAUAACUUAUGUCCCGUCGAGACAAAAUAAUAAAAAUUUGGAAGAUAACAGAACAAAAAAUUCAACGCAUGCAAUUGGAAUUGGCUUCCUGAAGCCCAAAUAUAAGGUUGUUCCAAACACAAUCGCUGGAAGAGCCACAUAAUACAGGGGAAGUUUCAAAAUGAAUCUAUCUAUUUCAUUUUUUUUUAAUUUUCAAAAACCUAGGAAACUAACCCAAUUGCUAGAUUUAUUUUAUUCUUAAACUCCUAUUGGGUUGCCAUGAGAAACAGCCAAUCGGGGGGAGUGGGAGGUGAAUUCCAAAUGGAAGUGAUAGUAUUCGGUUUGUAGAUCAAAAAUUCCAAAAGGAUUUUAUGUUCCCAGACCAAGUUAUUUAGGGUCCAUUAAUCAGGGUGAGAUAAAAAAAAUGCAAAAAAGUCAAACGCCAUAAUUUUUACAUUUUUUUGUUAAAAAUUUUAUUGAAUGAAAGAAAAAAUGUCGGAAAUAGCAUCAACUUUUAGAAAAAGUUUAGAUUUGUUCGAAUUUGUCACCUUUGGCACGAACGGCCAAUGAACCCGUCACAUGGUAUUCCAAAAUACUCCAGACCCAAUAUUCCAACGGAUUGGUAUCCGGAGAUUUUGGUGGCCAUUGUGCGCUGGAAAUGAGCGAGGAACCUUUAUACACCCUUCAGAAUAUUUUUUCGGCAUUUAUUCGAUUAAUACGAGCGGAGAGCGACCAUCGGCUGUUAUGGCGGCCCACACCAUCACCAUGGCCGGCGCUUGAGUUCUGGUGGCCAACCGAAGGUAAACAUUUUCAGCUUACCUCUUUGGCAAGUAAACACGAUCAUUUUGUUUGUUUACAAACUGCUGGACAACGAAUGUUUUCUCAUCGGAGACGAAGAAAACCAAAUUCGGCAGUUCACCACUUUCGGCCAAGCCAAGUAACUCUUUAGCUCUUUUGAGUCUAUUUUCUUUCUGCUUCGGUGUAAGUUCGUGCACUUUUUGGAAUUUCAAUGGCUUUACCCCUAGCUCAGUUUUCAGUAUUUGCCGAAUAGAAUAUUUCGACAGGUUCCGUCCACUUCCUUAACGUCGGGCAGCGCUACCAGUAUCACGGCAAUGAGCGAUGGUACGAGACACAAAAGAUUUAUUCACAUUGGAAAAUUCUGACCAAAAUACUGGAAUAAUUUUAACAUAUAUCGGCCAAGUGACUUAGAAAUAUAACGGUAUCACUUCAUAUUCGGUAUUUUGAUGAUUUUAUUCACCGGAAUUGUUUGAAAUAUCGUAUUUGAAGUUCGUUCGUAAAGGGUACUACAACCCAUGACAAAAAAUUGUCUAUGCAGGUCCACGUUUUCGUAUAGCCCAUCUAACGGUAUUUUGGCGAUAUUAGCGACAUUUUUCACCAGAAUUAUUUCAAAUAUUGAAUUUGAAGUUCAAAGUCGGUACAACAGGCUAUGACAGAAAAUUAUGUAGGCCCACAUCUUUAUAUACCUCGUUUUCAUUUAGGCGGUAAUUUUUGACGGACUAUUUAAAAAAAAAUCAGGUUUUUUUUCAAAUGGUACUAAUUUUGGCUAAUUUUUUAACUUGAGUCCUUAGUAAGAAGAAAGCAUCCUUGCAAAAUAUUAUCAAUAUAUGCUCAAGCUUUGGUAUAACCCUCAUUUGAAGAUAUCCCUUGAAUUCAAUUAUUUCCGGAGUUUUGGCCACAUUUUUCAAUUGAUUGUGCCCUUAUUAGGCAUCAUUGUUUCUUAGGGUAGGAAACCUGUUCGUAAAAAAAUGUUCAAUGUAGAACAACCUUUCAGAGUAGCGUCCAUAUAAAGGUACUUCCUGAUACCGAUUUAACUAAAAAUUUGUAUUUAGAUUACUUUGGGGGUGGGGGACCGGGGGAGGAGUUAGAAAACCCUCUUACAGAAACCACCAGAACGUAACCUAAAACUUGUCUCACAGUGUUAUCCAUCAACGUCGAAUUUAUAAUUUAUCCUCCGACAACAAUUUUAGCACCCUCAGCAACAACAAUUUGUAAAUGUAUUAACGUGAUAAUAAUUAUAGAAAUGCACAAACACAAUUUUGAUUCUAAUCUAGUUUUUGAACUUAAUAAGUAUUUUAAGUAUUAGUAAAUA